CCUUCUUCCAAUUUCCCCUUACCCUACAUCCUCAACUCGCGUUCUGUCGACGAGAAAGAAGCUAUCGUCGCGAAGCAGUUCACCGAUGUCAGGCAACGGCAACAGCAGUAGCAAGUGGCCUGACUUCCGCCUCGCGUCGACCCUAUGGUCUCUUAUGCCCGGCUCCCAGUCCAACAGGCCAGAUAAGCAAAACGACGAAGACCGCGACGGCAACGAAGGCCACAAGAACGAGCAGCAGCUCAAGAACGAACCCCAAGAAGAGCUUCCAGAAGAGCUAAUGCAGUCACUCGAGUUGACCCAAGACGAAGUCGGCACCGAAAACCGGCCAAUUGACGAGAUGAGCGGUUUCGAUAACUACGAUGGCGAUGCUCAGGCUGGCCCAGAAGACGACGUUCAGGACCAAGACUUUGGCACACUCGAAAUGUUCGACAGCAACGCAACACAAGCCCCCUACACGUCGCAACUCGACAACGCGUCCCAGGAAGACCAGGCACCUGAGGCGCCUAUGUUGGAAGACAUACCGUCCUCUCAAUCCCGAAAGCACAAGCGCGACAAGAAGGGGCGCAAACAGAAGGGCAUAAAUGAAAGUGAAUCUCCACAACUGCCAGCUGCCGAAGAAUCCUCGCGCAAGUCCAAAAAGUCCAAGAAAAAGUCAACGGUACCGGUCGAAAUUCCCGAUAGCCUGGUCGAAAACACAUCAACCAUAUUCCCAUCUCAACCUCUGGAGAACUUGGCUGCUGACUUUGAUGAUGAGGCUGCUGCUCCUGCUACUCAAACGAAGCGCAAGCGCAACCCCUCGGAUUCUACUGACGGCAAGCAACGCAAGAAGCGGAGAUCCCGUGACGAGGCAGCCGUCAUCGAAUCACAGUUGGUGGAACCAGGGACACAGGAUGGCCAAAUUGAGGAAGCCGACACUAAAGAAUCUCAAGCUGCCUCUUUCCUUCGCACUAGGGACGCAGCUCGCCCAGCUGCCAUUUACGAUGACGUCGCAGAGGAUGCACCCCAAUCUCCCAGUGCUGCACGCCUCGAGGUGCGUGAUGCUCGAUCAAGAGAAGGUAGCGCCGCUCAUGACGAGAUGGACAUUGACGCAUCAGUGAAGCAGAACCAGGAUAAGGAGAAUGAAAUGUCUAGCUUUUCUGCAAUCAAUGGGCAAGAGAACACAGAACAACAGGAGCUUGAACAAGUGGCCAGGGAUGUGUGGAAUGCGCACAUCAACGGCCAAAACCAGCCCAACACACAAGACUCAUCUGUGCACACUGAGAUGGAAAUUCCAACAUCUGCACAGCGUCCUCAUACAAGCAAUGAUGUGUACGAUGUUCCUGGAAGCCCAGUUCAGGCCUCAAACCCCCCAAGUGCCAGCGCCAAGCGAACACGAUCGGGCAAGGCUAAGAAGGCCAAGCCUACUUUCUUUGAGAAAUCGCCUUCCCCUGAGGUUCCUGAGGGUGACCUCCCAUCACCUUCUGCCAUGACACCGAUGCCACGAAAGCGUACCAAGAAGGCUUCAAAUCGUAGAAAGUCUGAAGCCAACCGUGCACUCUCGUCUCAAGACAUGGAAGUCAGAGAUGACGACGACUUAUAUGGCAAUCCAGCAACCGGACGACGCAACCGAAUGGCUGGCUUCACCCAGGGACGACAAAAAAUCAUCAAUAUCACCCGAAAGAAGUUCCACAACUUCGUUGCUCGUGGUACUUGGACCAGUGAGCAAGAUGCCGAGCUCCGUGACCUUAUUGAGGCCAACGGAACAAAGUGGUCCAAAAUUGCGGGUAUCAUCAACCGUCACCCAGAAGAUCUUCGGGAUCGUUAUCGAAACUACAUCAUCUGCGGAGACUCCCAGCGGAAAGAUACCUGGGACGAGGAUGAAGAGGGUAACCUGACACAGUAUGUAAUGGAAGCUAUGGCCGCCAUUGACGAGUUGCGAAUCAUCCAACCUACCCGCGAACUGCUCAAGAAGCCAUAUGAGGAACUUAUCGAUUGGCAAAAUAUCAGCGAGCGUAUGGGGAGAACUCGCAGUCGACUUCAGUGUAUCACCAAAUGGAGGGCCAUGAACAUCAAGACUCAUGGCAAGGAUAAGUUGGUGUCACAUGCGCCCGAUGCAUCUAUUUCUUUCCGCCUCGAGAAGGCCCGUCGUCAAAUUGCCGCGAUGCCUGAGGAAGAACGUUAUCGCAUGAUCAUGGCUAUCUCAGGCUCAUCCGCAUCAGUUGAAUCCAAGAUUCCAUGGCAAAGACUGGUUGACAAACAGUUCCGUAACAGCUGGCAUCGACCAACGCAGAUGCUUCUUUGGCGACGCCUGAAGCAAAGUGUGCCCGAGUCAGAACAGAAGACUGUACGAGACUCUGCACAAUACCUUCUUAAUUUGUACGCCCAGACUGGCGAGCUUCCUAAUGUUGAGGAUGCUCUUUUCGACGAUGCGGAGGAAAUGGAGUUCUUGAAUAGUAUCCCAACCACCCACGCUUCUCACAACAACGCUUCUGCCAAUGGUCAGAACCACAUGAGUGCCGAAUUUGUUAACGAGGCCGAUGAGGAGGAAUCCGAACAACCGCAGGGUGAAUACGGCGUUCCUGAUGAGAACAUCAAUCCUGAUUUACCUAUCGCACCAAUGGAGGACUUCAACCCAGCCCCAAUGGCAUCAAUGGAUCCCGUUGCUGCGGUUGCAGACCUGGCUCCCAUGGAGGAUACUGAAAUGGUUGACCCAGCUCUUUCUGCAGAGCAUUCAGAGCCUACAGAGCCCGAAGAGCCCGUUGAUGUACCAAUGAAAGAAGAGCCUGCGCCUGUCGCCAAGCCCGCCAACACACCUGUGUUUGAUGAGCCAGCUCCCCCUAAGGCAACCCGCGUUGCAAAGAGAACAGGUAUGGGCAAGGCGAAGGCACCUAAGCCCCCUCGCAAGUCAGCUGCUAGAUCUACUCCGGCCAGAGCCACACCUAGCCGUCGAUCUGCUAGACGUGCAGCCCCUUCUCAGGACCCAAUUGAGGAUGAUGGGGAUGUUCAGGCCGGGGCUCCCGCAGAGGACAACUCUGAGGUUGACGAGGCUCAGACGCGCAAGCGAAAGACGCCUAGCAGGUUCCGAUCCGCUGGCGUCCCUGAGGUAUCUGCUGCCGCCGACGAUUCAGACAGCGUUAUGGACGAUAUGGAAGAUUUGCCUGCCCGCGUUAUGUAAGAGAGAAAAGGAACAUGAGGGCCACGACGUGGCAGAUGAGUGAUAGAGAUUUGGGAGGGGUCCGGCGUAUUUGUACAAGUUACCACCAAGAUGGCCUCGACACUAGAAACAGCGGGUGUUGCAGUAAUACUUCAGUGGCUAAUGGAGGAUGUGAAGGGGAGAAACAUGGACGAUAUCGUGGAUAACAUGAAUUAUAAAGGAGGGACUACUAGUCGCAAUUUAUCAUCAUUAUCUGAAUAUUACAGUUCACUGUGCAAAAAAAAAA